AUGAAAAAGGUGGGCGAUCACAAUGCCUACAAGUGCGAGCGGUGCUUCUACAAGCCAAUCAGAGACCAAGAAGAACGAGAGAAAGAGGAGCAGAGGGGAAGAGAGGAGGAGAGAAGAGAGGAGGACAGGAGGAGGGAAGAGGAGAGGAGGAGAGAAGAGGAGAGGAAGAGAGAGGCCGAUCAGAAACGAUGGGAGGCAGAACUGAGACCUGCAGACCCUUCACUCAAACCCACAGAGCGAGUGCUCCGGGUUCGAGUGGAGCUCAUCAACCGUAUCGGCGACGCGACCCUGAAAUCUCUCCUCGACGGUCUGCAGAAACCAUCAUCUGAAGGACCCGCCAUCCUCAACCCACGGGAGAGGGACAUGGUCCUGCAGACUCAUCCACUGACCCAGGAUCAGGUGACGUGCCUGGUGGACAUGCUGAGGAACAAGGGGGAGCGCCCGUGCCUGGCCUUCAUCAUGCUCCUCCAGCAGCUGGAAUACGACCUCUGCACAGAACUGGGCUUGUGAAACCAGGAAGUUGUAGUUUAUUAGAAGCAUUUUAGAAUGGAUGUGAAUGUGUCAAAAAACUACAAUUGGAAUUUGAGCUCUGUAGAGAUCGGUGCUUCUGAAACGUGGAAACUCAACGUUGUUUUUAGUCACCUUCCUUCGUAUUGUGUAAAUGAAUUGCAGAUUAUGUAUGUUUUUGAAUAUUUUGUGAAGCAUGGAAUUGACUUGUCAUUGAAAGGUGGAGGAUCCUGCUACUUCCCGUGAAUUUUCUUCUGUGUUUUCAACAUUCGCCAGUCAAUGCUCAAUGUAUGUAAUACACAUAAUGUAAC